AUGGCAGUCACCGGAAAAGAUAUAGAUCGGAUCAAAGGUCCCUGGAGCCCCGAGGAAGACGACAAGCUCCACCGCCUCGUCGACAAGCACGGCCCGCGGAACUGGUCGCUGAUCAGCAAGUCCAUCCCCGGCCGUUCCGGAAAAUCCUGCCGCCUCCGGUGGUGCAACCAGCUCUCCCCCCAGGUCGAGCACCGCGCCUUCACCGCCGAGGAGGACGAGGCGAUUGUCCGAGCCCACGCACGGUUCGGGAACAAGUGGGCGACGAUCGCGCGACUCCUCCAGGGCCGCACCGACAACGCCAUCAAGAACCACUGGAACUCCACGCUCAAGCGCAAGUGCUCCUCCUCCUCCUCUUCCUCGUCCGACGGCGACGGCGGCGGGGAAGGGUACGAUGGUAAUUUGGCGGAUUGCUGCCAGCCGCUGAAGAGGUCGAUGAGUGCGGGAUCCGGUGUGCGCGUCUCCACGGGGCUUGCCAUGAACCCUGGGAGUCCAUCUGGAUCUGACGUCAGCGACUAUUCCAGCGUGCCAGCUCCUCCUCCUGCUGUUUUAGUAUCCGCCGUUGCUGCCCCACACGUCUUCAGACCCGUGCCAAGAAGCGGCGGCGUGGUCUCACCGGCCGACGCUACGGCGACCGCAAUGACGACACCGUCGUCUAACGGCAGAAACGGAGGCCCUCCCACUUCCUUGUGUCUAUCCCUCCCAGGGGCCGAAUCUCCGUCAGAGGUCUCGGCUCCUCGAGUCCCCGAACCAACUCACAGUCAUCAUCACACCUAUUCUGCUGCCAAUACCAUAAACCUUUUACCGCCUGCGAGCCCUCCGGCACCUGUGAGUAGUCAAGUGGAGUCUUUGGGGUUCAGCCCGGAGUUCAUGGCGGUGAUGCAAGAGAUGAUAAAGAGGGAGGUGAGAACAUAUAUGAUGGAGCAGAGGCAGAUGGGCGGCAGCGGUGGAGGGAUGUGUUUUCAGGCGGCGGCAGGGAGUGGGUUUAGGAAUGUUGCAGCGGUGAUGAAUAGGGUUGGGGUUGGGAAAUUUGAGUAG